ACCAUGCCUCUCUUGCAACUCAUCACAAAUGCCUCUCGCACAGAUCGACGACAAGGGAACCUCCGUCUACUACGAGGACUCCGGUGCGCCAGAUGGCUCCUCGACAUAUACUACUGUCGUUAUGGUGCACGGUCUGCUGAUUAACUCCGCCACUUUUGAUCGCAUGCUACCGCUCGCCUCUAAGUAUGGCUUGCGCAUAAUCACUAUGAACAGCCGAGACUACCGCGACUCAACACCGUAUACCGCUGAAGAGCUCUCGCACAUGACGAGCCCCGACCUCAACGUUCAAGCAUCAGCGGUGCGCAGAUGGGGACGAGAGGUCGCUCUCUUUCUCGCAUACGUCUGCCAGACAUUGCGCGUCCCUGCUAUCGCAGGUGAAGGGGUCAGAAAAGAGGGCGGGCUGGUGCUUACGGCGUGGUCUCUGAGUGGUAUUACGAUCUUGUCUAUCCUGGGAGAUUCCCAGACGUUGGGAAGCGACCUGACGGCUGCGCUUGCCCCUUACUUACGCAAGGUCGUCCUCUAUGACUCGCCGGCAAUCAUAUUUGGCGUCACAGCCGACAUAGGUCUUACCUGGCCCUACGUUGAUGAUACGAUCCCGCCCGAGCGGAAGCCAGAUGCGUUUGUCGACUGGGCGUCCUCGUACAACACUGUGUUGCCGGAGGGCGUGCCUAUCACAGCCGAAGCGCUCCGCAAGCACUACAAGGUUCUUCCGCGCACACCGACACUCCGCACCCUCCCGACCGAGGAAUUCAAGCGCACUGUCAACCCUGAGGUCAGCACCCGCUCAGCAUUGAUCAUGGGUACGGACGAUUCGAUCCGCCAGAAGUAUGCCCGCCGCACGUUCUCUGACGCGGAUGCGGUCUUCCCUGAUGUCGACGUCCUCUUCCUUUGGUGCGACCAGUCUGUAUGGCUUACCGCCUGGGGAGCCAAGAUUUUCCAGGACUUGGUUGCCGAGGCAGCUGAGCCGGGCAAGAAAAAGCGAAAGACCGCUUUCCUCAGGGUGAAGGGUGUGAACCAUCUCGUGAGUCCUCUUUAACUAAGUGGAUGUGCUGCUAUAAGGUCGCUAACUACUGCGUAGCUUCACUGGGAUGAACCUGACAGGACGGUUCGCAUUUUCGCAGAGAAUUGUAAGAAUUAAUCUGCAAUGGGCGGCUGAAUCCGCUAUGAGGAAGGCGUAAAGCGUUGAAGGACUGCAGAUUCACUAUUACAGUGCUAUCGUUAGAUUGUGCCUUUUUCAUUUUGCCUUGUUCAUUUUCAUAUCAAUCGUUAAACAAAACUAAAUUCCCGCUGGCAUCUUAUCCGAGGAGCCUUAUAAACCCAUCUUUUCUGUCUUGUGUCUAGGAUAUCGCAUCUAUCGCUCACAUAAGACAGUAAAGUUUCCUGACUGGAGCUUCUGCAACUGGGUCAACCUCCACCGGGCUUAGAAGAUUUGUGAACUAGCUAAUGCCGGUUUUCAAACAACUCAAACAAUCAUAAUUAUCCCAUACCCUGCAUUCACACUGCCUUUGACCUCUGCGUGCUGUUAAAGUCCGUCUACCGACGACUUGGUGGCGUUCGCGGUUGAGAACGUUGAGGCCUUGAGGCCGGAAGUGCUAUGCGCAUCACCACGGCGCCAUAUGGUUUCCUUGCCGCCAUCGAGCUCGGCUCUGUUGUCCUCCACCGUGACGCUGGAUCACAGCGCAGGUCUACUUGCAGUUCACUUACUGCACGACUCGUCG